GCGUGGGCGCGCAGGCGCACACUCGGCCCCGUCACGCUUCCGGCCGGGCCACGUGACCGCGCGCGCACGUGUUCCGGCCCCGCGGCGCAGGGGACCCGAACCUCCUGUCUGGGCGUCCCCGGCCGCUGUCCGCCUAGAGCGGCCGCCAGCCACCCAGAACCUCCGCAGGCCGGGCGGGGAGGCGGCGGGCCCAGGAAGCGGCGGAGACACGGCACCCGCCCAGCCGGACUGAGCCGCAGACUCAGUGCGCUGGCGGCGGCUUCGCCAUGAACCCCAGGGGCCUGUUCCAGGACUUCAACCCGAGUAAGUUCCUCAUCUACGCCUGCCUGCUGCUCUUCUCAGUGCUGCUGCCCCUCCGUCUGGACGGCGUCAUCCAGUGGAGCUACUGGGCAGUCUUCGCCCCCAUAUGGCUGUGGAAGCUCCUGGUCAUCGCCGGCGCCUCGGUGGGCGCAGGCGUUUGGGCCCGCAACCCUCGAUACCGCACCGAGGGGGAGUCCUGCGUGGAGUUCAAAGCCAUGUUGAUCGCCGUGGCUAUCCACCUGCUGCUGCUCAUGUUCGAAGUCCUGGUCUGCGACAGGGUGGAGAGGGGGACCCACUUCUGGCUGCUGGUCUUCAUGCCCCUUUUCUUCGUAUCCCCAGUGUCAGUGGCCGCCUGCGUCUGGGGCUUCCGACACGAUAGGUCCCUAGAGCUGGAGAUCCUGUGCUCUGUCAACAUCCUGCAGUUCAUCUUCAUCGCCCUGAGGCUGGACAGGAUUAUCCACUGGCCGUGGCUGGUGGUGUUCGUGCCCCUGUGGAUUCUCAUGUCGUUCCUCUGCCUGGUUGUCCUCUAUUACAUCAUCUGGUCCCUCCUGUUCCUUCGGUCCUUGGAUGUGGUGGCGGAACAGCGAAGGACCCAUGUGACUAUGGCCAUCAGCUGGAUAACGAUCGUCGUGCCCCUGCUUACUUUCGAGAUUCUGCUGGUUCACAGAUUGGAUGGCCACAAUGCAUUCUCUUACAUCUCCAUAUUUGUACCCCUUUGGCUUUCCUUAAUAACUUUAAUGGCCACGACAUUUAGGCGAAAAGGAGGCAACCAUUGGUGGUUUGGGAUUCGGAGAGAUUUCUGUCAGUUUCUGCUUGAAAUCUUCCCAUUUCUAAGAGAAUAUGGGAACAUUUCUUAUGAUCUGCAUCACGAAGAUAGUGAAGAUGCCGAAGAAACAUCGGUUCCAGAUGCUCCUAAAAUUGCUCCGAUGUUUGGAAAGAAGGCCAGGGUGGUGAUAACCCAGAGUCCCGGGAAGUAUGCCCAGCCCCCUCCCAAGUUAAAUAUUGAUAUGCCAGAUUAAAGCCCUCUUCCGGAGAGCACCCGUGUGUGGAAUAGAAACUAUAUACACCACACAGUCCACCUUGUUUUAGCCUCUUUACUCAUCCAUCCCAACCGUGGAACCAAAAAUAGGCUCCAAACACCACCAUCUCCUGCCUUGUUUGAGAUCGAUGCCUGUCAGUUACUCAUCAGUGUUCACCAUAGAUAGAGGAGGUUAUUUUAAUAUAUGGCUCUGUGUGUGUGUGAGAGAGAGAGAGAGAAUUGACUUCCUAGGCCCGUGCUUUAAAAGCUAGCUUGGGAGCACUCAGUUGCAUAGUAGGUCUUCAAAUGAAAUAAUUAUACAGCUGGGUUUUUUUUAUGGUACUAUGCCUAUCAAAAGUAUUGUUUAAAAGUAUUUUUAUACACUGCUAGUCUAAAGUAUUUCAGAUUGUACCCAUUGUGGCAUAAUCAAUAGCAAAGGUAAAGACUUCUCUUCCCCACCACUUGUUUAUAUUUCUUCGAGUUGUUUGUAGUGUCCCUACUGUUAAAAUCAGUUUUCUUUGGGGUUUGCUGAUGCUGGUCUUUAAUAUCAUAAGAGGUGAAUUUUUCUAAUGCAGUGAAUCCAUGCAUCUAUGAUAUUUAUAUGAAUGUUUUAGCAAUGUAAUAUAUUGUCUUGAAUUCUAGUUCUGUGUCGUAUGAUGUAUUAUGUUAAAGUAUUUUUUUUGGUUUA